AUGCUGAUAACAUUGUCUAAAUGUAGAAUUUUUUGUGUGAGAUCCCACAGAAUGUUCCUCACCAAGCCAAAUGCUACUACUCCAUUCCUUGCUGAAACCUAUGUCCAGCAUUUACGUGUACAAGUUGGAGAGAAAGCUGAACUCACAAAAACAUUUACCCAGAAGGAUGUUGUUACCUUUUCGGACUUAACAGGGGACACAAACCCAUUGCAUCUGGAUGAAGAUUAUGCAAAGAGGACAAGAUUUGGGAGAACAGUUGUACAUGGGGUUCUGAUCAAUGGACUUAUCUCUGCCAUUCUGGGUACUAAAAUGCCUGGUCAUGGCUGUGUGUUUAUUUCUCAGGAAAUUAAUUUUCCAGCCCCUUUGUAUGUUGGGGAAAAGGUCUUAGCUGCCGCAGAACUGAAGAAGCUGAAGAGAGGUCUUGCUUAUAUCUCAGUGUCAUGUACAGUCAUAGAAAGUGGCAAGACUGUUAUGGAGGGUACAGUUAAAGUCAUGGUGCCAGAAGAUCAGAAUUCCAGGUCCUGACUGUGGUACAUCAUCUUCUUAAGCAAUAGGUCAUGAAUAGUGGGCAUGGACACCUAUUCAGUUCCUUUUAAAAGACAAAACUUAUUGUAAGCUGUACAGUACUGUGAUUUAAAGCCUAAGGCAUGUAUAACAAAGAUCAGUACAUCCUGUUUCUACAUCUGUGUUCUUUACUCAUAAAAUGAAGUUUCUGAAGUUCAAAAUCA